CCAAUCAUAGCAUAAAAGGGCAUCUAACAUUCCAACUAGUAAUCUUCUUUAAACUUCUUCUCAUCUCUCUAAAAUGGGUUCACGGAAGUUGCUUCCAUGGCUAGCUAUGGUGAUGGUGUUUGUAGGUUUGGCUAAGGGAGACUUCGACAAAGACCAACAAGAGUGUGCAGACACUUUGAUUGGGUUAGCCACAUGCCUGCCUUAUGUGAGUGGUGACGCCAAGACUCCAACCAUGGACUGUUGCUCUGGGCUCAAACAAGUCGUGCAGAAGAACUUGAGAUGUCUAUGCAUCUUGGUCAAGGAUCGUGAUGAUCCCAAGCUCGGAAUCAAGAUCAAUGCCACCUUAGCAUUGGGUUUGCCUGAUUCAUGUCAUACGCCUACUAACAUCACUGAGUGUCCUAAGCUUAUGAAGCUGCCACCCAACUCCCCAGAGGCCAAGAUUUUUGAAGAUUAUGGAAAAAACGCAAAAAAGAACAACAUCACCAACGUAGCUUCUCCACCAGGGGACACAAGCAACGGCAAAAUUGAAGCAAGUGAUGUUGGCAGGGGAAAGAAAUGGUUGGGAUUUGAGAAGAUUUGUGCGGUUUUAUACAUUGUCAUCAUGUUUCUCUUUCAAAUUGUCUAAAUCUUUCAAUAAAUGUUUAAUAUCUCAUUUUUAUCAUCAAUGGGUUUCCAAUAUCUUGAUGCUGAAAAUUGAAAUAGACGUCUAAUGUGAAAUAAAAUAGAUAGACGGUUCUUAUGUUACCAAUCACUAUGGAUUACAUAUGUAUGUAUGUUUUUUAUUAGAAUGAAUUAUAAAGUCUUUUUUAGCUAUC